GCAGGCCGUGACGUCUGCCCCCAGUGGCCUCUCACCAGUGGCUGUGGCGGCGCGCCGUCUAGACGUCACAACUUGGCGACGCGCUGUGCGAACGUCAUAACAGCGACGCGGGUGGCGGGGCAUCUGUAGCCGGGUGGCACCAUGCUCAAGGUAAUUCGGCUGGGGGCCACCCCAGUAAGCCUGAGCUUGCUCUCUAUCCAGGUUUAUGCUUCCUCUUCAGAGAAGGAAACAUCCAAAAAAGAGUUGCUGAAAAUUGAUGAGCUGUCACUCUACUCCUCUCCAGCUCGUGAGACUAAAUAUGUGGAGAAUCCACAAACCCAAUUGGAGGAGGGGGUUUCACAGUUACGGCAUGCCAUGGAGCCAUACACAACCUGGUGUCAGGAUCUUUAUGCCAAAGCUAUGCCCAAGUUAGAAAAAGCUGUUGAGCAUGGUAGAGAGGGCUGUGAAUUUCUGCAAAACCCCCCUGCUGGAUUUUAUCCAAGGCUCGGUGUGAUAGGUUUUGCUGGAAUUCUUGGAUUGUUUCUUGCCAGAGGAUCAAAAAUAAAGAAGUUGGUGUAUCCUGCAGGUUUCAUGAGUAUUGGUGCUUCCAUGUAUUAUCCUCAACAAGCAGUUGCUAUUGCAAAGGUUGCUGGUACCCAGCUGUAUGACUGGAGUCUUCAGGGAUAUAUUGCUGUAGAAUCUCUUUGGAAGGAUAAUCCUAAAAAGAAGAAAUCUGGAAAAAAAGGUGAUAAGGGUGAAGUGGAGGGUGACAAGCCCCUGGAAAUCCAUGCCGCUUCAAAUGAAGAGCGAGCCCUGAAGUAGAACACCAGAUCACUUGACAUCAAACAGGCGAAUAAAGAUAUAGAUAGAAGUAACGAUUUCCUAGGAAAAAGAGGAUGACCAUCUGAAUCCAUUUUGAUUUUGAAUGUGACUAAUCUGCCUUCUGCCUCAGGAAAGACUGCCAUUGUGCUGCUUGGGCUUCUGGACUGGCAUUUGUGAAAGGAUACUACAUAUUUUGGGUCAGUCUUGAGACCUUGUCCUCAGUUCUGCAGUGGGAGUUAAGUCUGCCACAUUUGUCCUGUUGCAGGAUCAGCAUCGCAAGUAGCAAGUCUCAAAAUUCCUCAGUCUUGUUAUUAUUUAUGUGUAAAAUAAAAUUCCUAUUACAAAAAAUGGU